AUGUCUGUUAGUGAUACCGCAGCGCUCUGUCAGGAGCAGGCUAAUUCAACCGCGAGGUCUGAGCUUGAUUUAUUAAGACAGCGCAACGCUGAGCUGGAGGCCAAGCUUGAGAUAGAUCGUAAAAAGAUUGACAAGCUUGAGGCCGAGCUUGAGGCGGAGCGUGAAGAAAAGAGAAUAAGCGCUUCGGAAGAAAUUGAUAAGGUUAAGAAGAAGAAUGCUGACCUCUUUGAGAAUUUCGAUCUUAAACGCAAGGUAGCAAAUUUUAGGAAGGAACAAGAACUAAAAAAUACAACUCCUGAUGGUCAAAUGCCUGCUCAGGAAAGAUACGUGGGGAUUUGGGGUAUGUGUAAGUUAAUCAUCGCGAUUAGCAAGAAGGAUUGA